AUGAACGAAUUACCGCAGGAAAUUGUCGACAAUGUCUGUAGCUAUCUCGAUCACGACAGUCUCAAGUCAAUACUGUUGCUUUCAGAAAAACUUCAGUAUGCUGCCGAGCAGUACUCUGAAGCCUUCCGGAUCUUCACUUUGACCGCCAAUAAUAUUGAGAAAUUCAUCGCAACAUACAGCGGCCGGCGCUUUCGGUAUCUUCGACAGUUGGAGUUUCGACCAUUCCUACCUGCACCUGAGAGGGAUGAAGAUCUGCAGGACUGGGAUAGUGAUGAUAACCAGUAUCGGGAAUCACAAGAAGAAUUGCAGAACAUCGAUGCCCACUUCACUUCGCAGAUCCGCUUACUCUUCUCGACAAUGAAGGCAGUGGAGACGCACUCGUGUAACGAAAAGGCCACGGGUUACAUUCACCUUAAGCUCUUCACGCCGACUAUGAAUUUGAAUCCGAACAUGUGGCCCCUCCAGCGACUGUUCGUCACCUGGCGAGUGCAUCUCUUGACACCGGAGACACUCCCCAUGCUCACGUCUGUUCGGGAAUUGACUAUACAAAGUCCAGAUCAGACGUGGUAUAGGAACGGACCCCAUCCUUCGUUGCGAAAGCUUGACCUGCGGGUGCUUCUUGACCUCUCUGGCAAGUUGCCCAACCUAUCAGCUCUACGUUGCAGAAUUGGGGCGGACGAGCUCUACAGCAACACUCUUUCCUCCGAACCACUUCGCUACAUAACACAAGACUGGAUUGGGCCGCGCAAAGACUCCCGUAGUGGCUUCGGCAAAGCACUUGAGGGGCUUGCUCUACACAAUCUGCGUCACGUCUGCCUGGACUUUCUCUACCCCCAAUUUCGCAUCCAGCACAUAGACCAAGGUCUGCCUAUGCCGAAUCUUACGGCGCCGUCACUCUUAGAUCCACUCAGUACCUCUCUGCGUAUACUCUCGCAACAGUUGCGCGCAAUGCAAUUUCGCGUCAUAGCCGAUGCGACCUUGUUCUGGCCCGGCGAAGGUGAUACUCCUCAUUGGCCGAACCUUGAGCACCUUCAAGUCGAAUUCCACAUGUCCACCCCGGCAGGAUCCUGGUACUUCAAUAAACCGCCUGGAAUACAGGUGGGAGCCGCGAAAGAGCGCCACACUGUGGCGCAAACCGAAUUUUACCCGCCCCUGAUCGAUACAGAGAAAGACGACGCGCUCUGGGAGGAGACGUGCGAGAUGGACCUCGAAGAAGCGCAAACGGGUAGUCUGCAGUUUCGUGUCGUUCCGAAUGAUGCAAAGAUCGUGCCGUUCCUUACAGCAUUUGCAAAAGCCGUUGCACAGAUGCCUCGCCUAAAGACGUUUGCACUAUGGUCACCGCUUACAUUCAGUCUCGAUCCUGAUGAUGGAGCGUACAAAGACUUUGACUUUGCAACGGUUUCAAGUAUCCCAAAGCAUGUUCUAUAUGCAGCAAAGCUUGCGUGGGGUAUUGCAUAUACAAACCCGCACGAAAGGCCGUUCCCCGACAAUAGCCAGGCUGAUUUCAGCAUACAAAGACGAAUGUGGUGGAGAACAGGCACAUGGCGGCCGCACGCAGAUUUGCUGGAGAGUCUCAACAAUAUUGGCAAAGAGCAAUACAGGGGUGAUAUGCUCAACUGGUUUGAUGAC